AUGGAAGCGCGGCGAGGACCGGGACCCGGACCGGGACAGGGGCUGGCGUUGCCGUUUCUGCUCCUGCUGACGGCGGCGGUGGCGCGGGCGGGGGACGCGCGGCAGGAGGCGGCGGUGCGGGCGCUGGCGCGGCGCCUGCUCGGCCCGCGGGCCGCCGCCGUGUCGCUGUCGGUGGAGCCGGCGCUGGCGGCGGGCGGGCCCGACGCGUACCGGCUGUGGUCGCCGCCCGGCGCCGCCGUGGCCGUGGCCGUGACGGGCUCCAGCGGCGUGGCGGCGGCCGCCGGCCUCUACCGCUACCUGCGCGACUUCUGCGGCUGCCACCUGUCCUGGUCCGGGGCGCAGCUCCGCCUGCCCGACCCGCUGCCGCGGCUGCGGGCCGAGAUCCGCGCCGCCGCCCCCGGCAGGUACCGCUACUACCAGAACGUGUGCGCCCAGAGCUACUCCUUCGCCUGGUGGGACUGGGCGCGCUGGGAGCGGGAGAUCGAUUGGAUGGCGCUGAGCGGCAUCAACCUGGCGCCGGCCUUCGCUGGGCAGGAGGCGGUGUGGCAGCGGGUUUACCGCAACCUCGGGCUGAACCAGUCGGAGAUCGACAAGUACUUCACAGGCCCCGCGUUCCUGGCCUGGAACAGGAUGGGGAACCUCCGCCGCUGGGCUGGACCGCUGCCGCCCGCCUGGCACCUCAAGCAGCUCUACCUGCAGUACCGGAUCGUGGAGCGGAUGCGCUCGCUGGGGAUGACCACAGUGCUGCCAGCCUUCGCAGGCCAUGUGCCGCAGGGGAUCCUUCGGGUCUUCCCACGUGUGAAUGCCACUCGCCUGGGGGGCUGGAGCCACUUCGACUGCACCUACUCAUGUAUCUACCUGCUGGACCCGGAGGACCCCAUGUUCCAGGUGAUCGGGACCCUCUUCCUGAAGGAGCUGAUCAAGGAAUUUGGCACAGACCACGUCUAUAGUGCCGACACCUUCAAUGAGAUGACCCCCCUCUCCUCUGACCCUGCCUAUCUCUCGAGGGUCAGCAAUGCUGUCUUCAGGUCGAUGACAGGAGCUGACCCCGAGGCGCUGUGGCUGAUGCAGGGCUGGCUCUUCCAGCACCAGCCAGACUUCUGGCACCCGGCACAGGUGCGGGCCCUCCUGCACGGUGUGCCCCUCGGCAAGAUGAUUGUUCUUGACCUCUUUGCUGAGUCCAAACCUGUCUACCAGUGGACAGAGUCCUUCUACGGGCAACCCUUCAUCUGGUGCAUGCUGCACAACUUCGGGGGCAACCACGGCCUCUUUGGCACCGUGGAGGCCAUCAACCAUGGCCCCUUCAUGGCUCGGCGCUUCCCCAACUCCACCAUGGUGGGCACAGGGCUGGUGCCUGAGGGUAUCGAGCAGAACGACAUGGUGUACGAGCUGAUGAAUGAGCUGGGCUGGCGGCAGGAGCCCCUCGACCUCCCCAGCUGGGUGUCCCGCUAUGCUGAGCGCCGCUAUGGCUCCCCGAACGCUGCUGCAGCCGGCGCCUGGCGCCUGCUCCUCCGCAGCGUGUACAACUGCACCGGCGUCUGCGUCAACCACAACCGCAGCCCGCUGGUGCGCCGGCCCUCGCUGCACAUGGACACAGAGCUCUGGUACAACGCCAGCGAUGUGUACGAGGCCUGGCGCCUGCUGCUGAGCGCCAGCGCCGAGCUGGGCUCCAGCCCCCUCUUCCGCUAUGACCUGGUGGAUGUGACACGGCAGGCGGCCCAGCAGCUGGUGAGCAACUACUACCUGGACAUCCGCAGCGCCUUCCAGAGGCACGCGCUGCCAGAGCUGCUGACGGCCGGUGGCGUGCUGGUGUACGACCUGCUGCCCGAGCUGGACAGCCUCCUCUCCAGCCACAGCCUCUUCCUGCUCGGCCGCUGGCUGGAGGGUGCCCGUGCCAUGGCCACCAGUGACCGGGAGGCAGAGCAGUACGAGCUGAACGCCCGGAACCAGGUGACACUCUGGGGGCCCAGUGGGAACAUCCUGGACUAUGCCAACAAGCAGCUGGGGGGGCUGGUGCUGGACUACUAUGGAGUGCGCUGGAGCCUCUUCGUCUCUGUGCUGGUGGAAAGCCUCAACUCGGGCCGCCCCUUCCACCAGGACGAGUUCAACCAGGCUGUCUUCCAAGUCGAGAGAGGCUUCGUCUACAACAAGAAGCGCUACCCGGCUGUGCCAGCUGGGGACACACUGGAGAUCUCCAGGAAGCUGUUCCUCAAAUACUACCCCAGUGCCCUGUGGCGCAGCCGGGCUGGGCUGGCAUGACUUUGGACUGUGCCUCCGGGGCCUCCUACAGAAAGGGAGGGCAGAGCCCUCGUGCCCUCCUGGUCAAGGCUCCUGCAACUCCUGACCUGAUGGCUGCGUCCUGGCUGUACUGGAAGGGGGGCACAAAGCUCCAGUGGCACCCAGCCAGCCUGGACCCCUUGUUUCUCCUCUGUAGGCAGGAUGUGCCCUGAGGGGGGCUAGCAGAUGGAUGAGGGGCAGGCUGUGCCCCAGGGACACAUCCUGCACUGUGCUCUGUGCCCAGCCCUGCCUGUCUGCCCUGAGCCUAUCCCCUGGAAAGCUGGGCUGCCCCAGUGCUCCCAGUUGGAAGCUUGGGGGGAUUCUGCAGAGGGUCAGGACAGAUGUGUCCCUGCUGUGGGGCCCUGGCUGGCUUGCAGGGGCAGUGAUGGUGGAGAAGCAGACAGGCAGGUGGCAGUGGUGUGGGGACAGAGCAGCCCUGGACCCCAGUGCCUGCGGGGACCCAGUAUUGCACGGCCCUGCCCAUGUUUGGUGCCUUCUGUAUCAUAAAAGACUUAGUGGCAUUUCCUGCAGCAUUGCUGGGGCCGUGCUUCAUCGGGAUGGGGUUUUUGAGGCCUUUUCUCCAGCUGGAGCUCAGGUAGAGCCCGGCUGUGGAGCAAAUAAAGACUUUUUUCUCCUA